AUGGCCGCCGAGAACCCCGACUGGCAUGCCAUUGCCGCGAGACACCAGAACAGCAUCAGAAGCAAGAUCCCCCCCGAAUGGCGACUGCCCGAAGGUUUAUUGAAGAGUGACCCUCCCAUGGAUCUGGCCCGCCAGUCGGGCAUCCUGGACAACUGGGAACUGAUGAUCACCGAAUGCAAAGCGGGCGACAUCCUGGGCGGGCUCCGAACGCGCCAGUUCAAAGCAGUGGACGUGACCCGGGCAUUCUGCAAACGUGCUGCCAUCGCGCAGCAAACGACGAACUGUGUCGCCGAGAUCCUCUUUGAAGAAGCUCUGGCACAGGCCGCCGCACUGGACGAAUACAUGGCGAUCCAUGGCCGGCCGAGGGGCCUGCUGCACGGUCUCCCGAUCUCCGUCAAAGAGCAUAUCCACAUGCGAGGCACGCGGGCGACGUGCGCGCUGAUCGCCUGGGCAGAUCAGGUCUGUACCAAAGAUGCGUUGAUCGUCCGGGUUCUGAGAGCCCAGGGCGCCGUGUUCCACGUCAAAACGACCAAUCCGCAGACCUUGAUGGCUGUUGAAACCGACUCGAAUCUCUUCGGCAUCACGUUCAACCCGCACAACCGGCGUCUGACCUGCGGCGGCAGCACCGGGGGCGAAGGCGCCUUGAUCGCAAUGGGCGGAAGUGUUCUGGGGAUCGGCACCGAUAUAGGCGGCUCGAUCCGCGUGCCCAGCGCCUUCUGCGGGGUCUACGGCUUCAAGCCGAGUGUCGCGAGACUGCCGCACGGUGGACUCAGUGGCCUUCAUGACGGAAUGCAGAACAUUGUCGGUGUUGUCGGCCCCAUGGCUCGGUGCGUGGAAGAUAUCGAGUUGUUCUGUUCCGCGGCUCUGGCCUGUCGGCCUUGGGACCAUGAGCCCUCUAUGAUCGAGAUGCCGUGGAAGACCGAAGACCAGGUUCAAAUCCUGAUCCCUUCGCGUUGGAGGAUCGGCGUCGUCUGGCACGAUGGCGUCGUUCAGCCGCAUCCGCCGGUCACGCGUGCACUGAAAGUCGCAGUGACAGCCUUGCAAGCCCGGGGCCAUACGAUGGUGGAUUGGGACACGGGUCUGCAUCGACACCUGAUCGAUGCGGCGGAUGAAGCGUAUUUUCUCGACGGCGGGAAAGAAUACCGGGAGAUUCUGGCCGAGGGCCAGGAACCGCCUGUUCCGAUCUUGAAAUGGCUGCUUGACACAAAAGCCGGCCGAGCGUCUACUGUCGAAGAAACUUGGAAGCUGAAUGCAAAGAUCGAUCGCCUACGCACUUUGUAUGCCGAGCAGUGGAACGCCACACAGAUCGAUGCCAUCAUCUGUCCCGUCAGCGCUUCGGUUGCUUCGGUCCACAACGAAAGUCGGUAUUGGGGCUACACCAGUGUCUGGAACGCCCUCGACUUCCCAGCCGUCGUAGUCCCGGCUGGGAGGGUGGAAGAGUCAGAUACCUGGGCCAAUUUCCCCCCGGCUUCCGCGAGCCCCUUGACUCCAAUCGACGAUUCAUAUCGACGGCUGUUUCCGGACGGUCAAGGUGCGUCGAGGUAUCGAAAUGCCCCUGUCGCCAUCCAGAUCGUGGGCCGACGGCUGCAGGAGGAGAGGAUCCUCAAGAUCGCCAGUGCCCUCGAACGCUGCGUGUCAAUGUCACCGCCGCCUGUUGAGGCGCCGGCAGGAACUGAACAGCCCAAGGUCACCGACCUCCUUUCUUCCCGGUUGUGA